AUGAAUGGUCAAGAUUUUGAUUUUAAUGAAUUUGAGGAUGAUUCAGUUGAAGAAAAAAAAGAGGAUUGCAUAAUUAUUGAUGGAAAAGAGUUUAGUUGUAAUGAACAGAGGAUUGUCAUAAAAAAUGAAAAACAACUUAUAGUAAUGAAAGAAACAAUCAUUGUUUCAAAGUAUAUCAAUAAAACUCAAUUACCUCAAGUUAUUACUGUUCAAGGUAUACAAAAUGAAAUGUAUUCAAUAGAUUUUCAUCCUCGUAAAUUGUUACUUCAACCUAAUGAAGUUAAGGAAUUAACUAUUUGUGUUAAACCUUUUUGUUCAUGUCAUAUAGAUUGUUAUGUUUUUAUUUUUUUAAAUUUAACUCAAUGGAAAUCUUAUUAUUUUAAAUUUACUAGUGAGCCUUCAUUAUGGAUUAAUCCACAGUUUAUACAGGGGUUAGAUGCAAAAAAAGAAAUUGGACAUGGAAGUUUUGGGAUUGUUUUUGAAGGUGUUUAUAAUUCAAUGAAAUGUGCUAUAAAACGAAUUAAUGGAUCUUUAGAAUUAAUAGAAAAGGAAUUACAAAUUAUUACAUCACUUAGAAAUCCAUUUUUAGUACAGUGUUAUGGAAUGGUUUAUUAUUCAGCAACAAUUCACAUUAUCAUGGAACUUGCUCCUUGUGGUAGUUUUGAUAAAUGUUUGAAAGAAAUGAAUUAUGAGAUUAAAAUGAAGGUUUUGAUUGAUGUUUUAAAAGGAAUUCAAUUUCUUCAUCGUAACAAUAUUAUUCAUCGUGAUAUUAAACCUGCAAAUGUUGUUUUAUUUAAUACAAAAAAAGUUGUUGAUAUUAAUGCAAAGUUAACUGAUUUUGGAAGUUCCACAUUAAAAGAUGAAAAUCAUAUGACUGGUGGUGUUGGAACUAUAUCAUACAUGGCACCUGAAGUAAUGAAAAUGGAAAUGUAUGGAUUUGAGUGUGAUAUAUAUUCAUUUGGAAUGAUGUUAUAUGAAGUUAUUUCACAAAGAGAAUUAUUUAGUGGGAUGAAAAGUUAUGAAAUUAAACAAUUCAUACUUGAAGGAAAAAGACCAAAACAAACUACUGUUAUUUCUAGUAGAAUUUAUUCAAUUAUUGAAGGGUGUUGGAACCAAGACCCUAAAAACAGAUGGGGUUGUGAGGAGUUAAUUGAAAAAAUACAAAAAAUAAGAAGUGGAACUAAUGAAAUGAUAGUUAGUCCAAUUCCUAAAAUUGAAAAACAUGGAUAUAUAUUAGAAGGAACUCAAUACAUUCAGCUAAAUCAAUCAACAUUAUCAUUUACAAUAAGAAAUACGUAUUAUAAUGGAAGUGAUGGAAAAAAUUGGUAUUUUAAAGGAAAAGAAAUGAAAAAGAAAGGAAGAAGAAAUGAAGCAAUAGAAGCAUUUAAGAGAGGAGGAAAAAUCUUUGGUGUAAGAAAGAAUUAA